AAACAACGAAAGCAGCGAAGAUCCAGCCUUUAUCUCACUAUGGAUAGUAUACCAGGGAGAUGGAACGUGCUCAGUGGACGAGACAACUGGAAAAACCUGCUUGAUCCACUUGACCUUGAUCUUCGUCGUUACCUCAUCCAUUAUGGUGAGAAGGCUCAAGCAACCUACGAUAAUUUCAACAACCAAAAGCAGUCUAAAUACGCAGGCAGCGCCAUAUACACGAAAAGGCAUAUGUUAAAUUCUGUAGGCUUAUUGAAAGCCAACCCAUUCAGGUACAACGUUGUGAAGUACCUGUAUGCGACAUCUGAGAUCAGUGUUCCAGAUGCAUUCAUAAUGAAGUCGCUGGCGAAAGACCCGAUUUACCAAGAAUCAAACUGGAUGGGAUAUGUUGCUGUUGCCACUGAUGAAGGGAAGAAAGCGCUUGGAAGAAGGGAUAUUUUGAUUGCCUGGAGAGGCACAGUUAGGCCAAUAGAGUGGGUAAAGGAUUUCCAGUUCCCAUUAGUAUCAGCUUCUUCACUAGUUGGGAAAGAUAGUAAGGAUGCUAAUGUUCAUCAAGGUGUACUUUCCAUUUAUACAUCAUCUGAUCCGAAAUCUAGAUAUAACAAAACCAGUGCAAGGGAUCAGGUUCUUGAAGAGGUAAGGAAACUAGUGGAAGCAUUCAAGAAAGAAGAUAUUAGUAUCACAAUUACUGGCCAUAGUUUGGGUGGUGCCCUUUCAACCUUGAAUGCUGCUGACAUUGUUGCUAACGGUUAUAACAAGACUAAAGGGCGCCCGAAAAAGGUUUGUCCCGUAACAGUCAUGGCGUUUGGCAGCCCCCAUGUUGGAGACUCGAAUUUCAGGGAUGUUUUUCAGGCAAUGGAUCAUCUACACAUUCUAAGGACUGUCAAUGCCCCCGAUAUCGUGUCUGUUAUCCCGCCACCCCCAUAUGUAGGGAUUGGACCUACCCUGCAGAUAGAUAGUCGAAAAUCGCCUUAUUUGAAGAGGGGAGACACUGAGAAAUGGCAUUCGUUGGAGCCAGCUUACCUGCAUACAGUUGCAGGAACACAAGGACCUAAGGGAGGUUUUCGGUUCGAAGUAAAGAGAGAUAUCUCCCUUGUGAACAAACAUGUUGAUGUACUGGCAGACAAAUAUUUGGUACCUGGUGGAUGGUGGUGUCAAAGAAAUAAGGGGAUGGUUCAACAAAAUGAUGGAUCUUGGAAACUUGAAGAUUACGACAAGGAUGAGCUGAUACUAUUAUAAGCUUCGAUGGAGCCAUAAAUUUUUCUGCGUUCUGUUUGUUUGUUGUCAAUUUGAACACCAUAGCCAUGAAAUAUAUAGGUUAUUAGACGAGGAAGAGAUCAAUCCUCAACUCAACUGUACACCGAAACCAAAAAGGUAGAAGCAAAUUUUUAACCCUUCUUUAAGAAACUUUCUUUCGUUUUCCUUUUCCUUCUUUUUGGUGGUAAAUUGAAAAUUUUCACGCAGAUUUCAAG